AUGGCAAAGCACGACAUACAACCUGCAAGCGAUGCUAGUCCCACAGAUGCCGCAGUACAACCCACCAAAAAACACGGAGACAAGGAAUGGAUGGCCUCGGACAAGGAUGCUGCGGCCAUUCCGGAGAACAACAUGUGGCUGGUAGUGCCGAGUCUGAUGCUCGUCAUGUUCCUAGCAGCGCUCGACCAGACGAUCGUGACCACCGCUCUGCCGACGAUAGCGAGUCACUUUAAUGCUACUCCUGGCGAGUACAGUUGGGUGGGUACGAGCUACCUCUUGGUGGCGACCAUCAUGGUACCCGACAUCGUCGGCCGCAAGACCUUGAUGAUCCCGGGUAUCUUUGCUUUCCUCAUCGGUUCCGCGCUUUGCGGGGCGGCGAAGUCGAUGACCUGGUUGAUCGGCGCGAGGGCUAUGCAAGGGUUCGGUGGAGGGUCGAUCAUCAGUCUUACGCAGAUUAUCAUUGGGGAUAUCGUACCGUUACAUAAGCGAGGGGCGACAAACUCGUGGACGGGAUCCAUAUGGGGAAUCGCAUCCGUCAUGGGUCCUCUAUUCGGAGGCUUGAUCUGCGAACGAACCAGCUGGCGUUGGAUCUUUUUCAUCAACCUCCCCGCAUGUGGAUUGGCCAUCCCGGCCUUGUACUUCAGCCUCAACUUGCCGCCGAGGAAGAAGACCACCUGGAGCGAGUUGUCGAGGACGUUCGACUUUAUCGGACUCGUACUCAUCAUGUCCGGAUGCGCUUGCCUCGUCGUCGGGUUCUCCAGCGCGAGCGACAACGGUUGGGGUCAGAAACAGACCAUCGCACUGCUCGUCGUCGGCUUCGUCCUCUUCGUAGCCAGUCUCGUCAACUUCAUGGUCACGAAGCGUAACGCCAUCGUACCGCCACGUCUCCUGAGGACGAGGACGACCGUGUUCUGGUUGUUGUGCAGCACGUUGCAUGCAACGGCCUUUUUGUCGGCGUCGUUCUAUUUUCCAGUGUUCUAUCAAGGAAUCGAGAAUGCUAGUCCUCUCAUGAGCGGAGUCUACGUCCUGCCAUUCUCUCUCGUCGUAUCUAUCGGUACAAUCAUCGCCGGGCAACUCAACACCCGACUCCGGAUCGUCCGACCUGUAGUCUGGGUCGGAUACGCGAUCUCUGCGCUCGGAUACGGACUCUGUAUCAAGUACCUCCAGUAUGGCGGGGGCAUUGCCAAUCAGAUCGUCAUCCUGAUCGUCCUCGGCCUAGGGGUCGGGCUUUCACUAGCAGUACCUCUCUUGUGCCUACAAGCGGCAAUGCCGUUGAAAGAGAUGGCCGCAUCCACUUCGGCGUGGCUACUCACCAGGUCUCUAGGAGGCACGCUGGGUAUCGCCAUCUUCCAGGCCGUGAUUACUACCGGGCUCGAGUCAAGAUUCCCCAAGUUGGAGGGGUAUGGUACCCAAUUUCAGAUCCCGCAUGAUCUCGAAGGAUAUCACCGGAUUCACAACCUGCCGGAAGGCCCUACCAGAGAAGCGGCCUUGUCUGCCUUUUCGGAUUCACUCAGGGUACGUCUAGUCCACGUCAUUGGCGUUAAAAGUGAACUCACCGGAACGAUUUGCCCAUGUUUAGCUCUUGUGGAUCAUCUGGACGCCAAUGAUGGGCGUGGCACUGCUAGUGAGUCACAACCCCUGCCGACCAAUCGUGUAAAGGCAGGAUGCUAA